AAAACGCACAGCAGCAAGGUCCUGUUUUUUUUUUUGUGGUGUCGGAAACUCAAAAUAGACACCGCAGUAAUCGUUUUUCUGGAUAACAAGAGCAUUUCUGAUUUUACUCUUCGAUGUGACGGUGAACAGUUUGCAUCCCGGCGUCGUGGCCACCGAAUUUCUGCAGCACAUUCCGAACGAAUUGGCGAAAACCGUCGCUAAAACCAUGGUGGGGCUGUUCAAGACUCCCGAGGAAGGUGCGCAAACGCAGAUUCAUCUCGCUGUCUCCGAAGAGGUCGAGGGCGUGACUGGGAAAUAUUUCUCCGACUGC